GCCUUUUCAAAAUAGAUGUCUUCUCUUCAGUUAGGGGCCUCUGGCACAAGUGAGAGCACUGAUAAUAGUUCUUCACAAACACCAAAUAGAAGGGCACCAAUCUGGGAGUAUUAUGAGCCGGAAUUGGUCAGGAUAGAUGGUGCACUAAAAGCAAUUUGCAAGUACUGUGGAACAAAGUUGAUUGCAAACAGGAAAUCAGGUACAAACAACCUUAGAACUCACAUUGCAGAGUACUGCCCCAAAGUCCCUAGUGAUGAUAGGAACAGAUUUGUCGCUACAAUGAAGAAAAAGCCAGAUGGUCCAUUCACCUUUAAUAAGCAGAGAAGUCGCGACCUGAUGAUUGCAUGGAUUGUUAGAGCUGAUGUAGCAUUCAACAAGUUUGAUGAUGAAGGUUUUGAGCCUUGGAUGGAGUUACUGCAACCCACUUUUAGCGGCAUAGGGAGACAAACGAUUCGUAAUGAUUGUGUUGCUAAGUUUGAGAGAGCAAAGAUAGAAUUACGAAGUGAACUUCAGAGUCUUAGCUCUCGCAUAUGCUUCACUUCGGAUCUUUGGACAUCAAACCAAAAGUUGGGAUAUCUUUGUGUUACAGCCCACUAUAUUGGCCCUGAUUUUGUUUUGAAGAAAAAGAUAAUUGCAUUUAAGGAUGUGAAGUAUCCACAUACAGGUGUUGCUAUUGAGGAAGCCAUUACAACUGUUCUGACAGACUAUGGAAUCAAAGAGAAGAUGUUCACAAUAACACUAGACAAUGCAGCAAACAACAAGACAGCUUGCGAUCUUCUGCAAGAAAGCGGAAAGCAAGACAUGUUAUUUGGUGGUGAGCAUCUUCUUGUUAGAUGUUGUGCUCAUAUACUCAACAUUCUUGUGCAAGACGGUAUGAAUGUUGCUAGUGCUGUGAUAGAAUUGAUAAGAGACCUGAUUAGGAACAUUAACUCAUCACCAGCGUGUAUCCAGAAUUUCAAUGAGAUAGCUCAAAGAGAAGGUCUUGCUGCAAACGCUGGUUUAGUCCUUGAUGUUCCAAAUCGUUGGAACUCAACAUAUGCCAUGAUUAUGGAGGCAGCAAAGUACAAGACCGUCUUGAAGCGAUAUGCCACAGCAAACCAGCAACCAUUUCCAACCGAAUCUGAGUUUAGUAUAGUUGAGUCCAUUGGUGAAUUCCUUGGAGUUUAUGAAGAAACUACCAGGGCGUUCUCAGCUGAUAGAUAUCCAACAUCCCACAUGUUCCUGGAUAAUGUGCUUUGCAUCCAUCAAACUCUGAGAAGUCCAGAAUGGCACAAGGAUCAGUUUAUCACUGAUUUGGCAAAUGCAAUGGAUAAGAAAUUUGAUAAGUAUUGGAAUGGAAAUUACAAUAUGCUCCUUCCUAUUUGCAGCAUACUUGAUCCAAGAAAGAAACUUGACCUCCUUGACUUCUUCUAUGAGAAGGUGUGCAGCAACUUUAUUGACAUUGAAAUUAGCACAAAUAUGGUUAAAGAGUGGCUUCACAAGUAUUUUAAGAAGUAUGAAGAGGUUAUAAGAAGAAAUGAAACAAAUGUGGUGUCACAAACUACACAGUCCACAAGCAUGGUGAACCGUUCUCCAGUGCUAGUGCUUGGAAAAAGAAGACUGGAACAAGAAUUUGCUGAAUACAGGAAUCGGAGGAGAGGGACUAGGAUUGAAAAAUCAAACUUGAUGCAUAUCUAGAAGAGCCACCAGUGAGACCAGAUGAAAGAUUUGAAAUUCUGACUUGGUGGAAAACAAACUCCAACAAGUAUCCUGUGCUAUCAGCAAUGGCACGUGAUUUUUUAGCAAUUCCACUCAGCACUGUUUCGUCUGAAUCUGCAUUCAGCUUGAGCGGUCGGAUUCUUAGUGACAAUCGAAGCUCAAUGAAAUCAGAAACUCUUCAAUCUUUGGUCUGUUGCAAAGAUUGGUUGUACACAUAUCCCACCAAUGAAGUGAGUUAGGGAAUUCUGAGAAGCUUAUCCUUUGCACGGUAUUCAGAUGCCGCUGCUUUCUUUCUAAGACUCAGUUCUGCUGCCAAUAAGUGCAAUGCCAUGAACAGCCAAUGCAAGUGUCCUGCAGGACCUUGUUCACACCUGAUACAGGAUUCAUGAGCGCCACACCUGCAGCAAGCAGUAGCCUACAAGCAGCUCUCUCAUACUGCGUUAAGCAAGUCCGCAGCUAUGACUACCACCACCUCCACCUGCCCCCAGCCAUGCGCAAGGCUGCAUUCACCUUUCGGGCCUUCAACGUCGAGACGGCAAAAGCCAUGGACGUUCUGAAACUAAUUUUGUUGCAGGAUUGAAUCUUUGGAGAUGAGUUGAGGAUCCCAUUGGAUAUCAUACAUCUUGUGCUUUCCAUUUGAUAAAAGAUAAAAGAUUGUAGCUUUCCUUUCCUAUUAGAACAGAAGGGCCAUGUACGGGCCAUGUACUGUGAUUAUUUGUGUUUGUAUGUGUCUGAAGGUUUAUGAUUUAAAUUGAUUGACCAAGUUCCUGUAAACUGUGAGAAUAUCAUGGAAAUAUACUGGCAUAUUUCAAGUCA